CAAAAAAACAGUGAGAAAACCUCAUAUUGUUAAAGAACUUGAUUAAAUUCAUGUCUCUUUUUCACAUUAGCAAAACAUUCCAGUCAAACCUUCACACGAUCACGUUCGGUGCAUUCAGAAAGCAGCCGACAGCCUCUGCAAGCGUUCUCAUAUUCAGAUGCAGCCCAAGGACAAUGGAAGGAAAUGGGAAGCUCCCAGCACAUAGCCAAGACUUCCAGAAGUCUCCCCGAACGCCAAUGUGAAGCUUUAGAGCAACAUUUUAAGCAAUAAUUCAGACUUCAGAUCUGCUGGAACAAACUUGGUCACCUGGGACGAGGAAAAGGUGGAUCCAAAGCGAUGGCUGAAGAAAUACAACUGAGAGAGAAGAAGCCGAGAAGUUUGCCUCGGUCUGAUGGGUGUGGUCUCUAUAACUUUGACGCUUUGGAUUUGUCUGGAGGGUUAAGGAUCGUCCUGGUGGGCAAGACUGGAUCAGGGAAGAGCGCCACAGGAAACACCAUCCUCGGCAGAGCUACCUUCAAAGAAGAUCCGAGCCCGGUGUCGGUGACCAAGCACUGUGAGACGCAGAGCGGAGAGGUGGACGGGAUCCCAGUCCAAGUGAUCGACACGCCGGGGCUGUUUGACACAGGAAUCACAGAGGAGGAACUGAAGUCCAGGAUAGAAGAGUGCGUCAAGAUGUCGGUCCCUGGACCCCACGCGUUCCUUCUGGUGAUCAGGCUUGGAGUCAGGUUCACYGAGGAGGAGAGGAACGCCGUGAAGUGGAUCCAGGAGAACUUUGGCGACGACGCCUCCAUGUACACCAUCAUGCUGUUUACGUGCAAGGAUCAAGCCAAAGCAGACAAUGCCCUGAAGGAGUGCAAGGAGCUCCGGAGACUUUCGAUCACGUUUGGGCGCAGGUACCACGCCUUCAACAACAACGACGCGGACGACCGCGUGCAGGUCACAGAGCUCAUCAACAUGAUCAAGGAAAUGGUACAAGACAACGGAGGGAAGCACUACACGAACGAGAUGUAUGAGAAAGCCCAGAGGAAGCUCAGGGAGGAGGAGGAGCGCAGGAGGCAGGAAGAGGAGGAGAAGAAGGAAGAAGAGAGGAAGGUGUGGGACGAGGAGAGGGAGAAGCAGCAAAAGGAGCGAGAGAAGAAGAAACAGGUUYGGAGGAAGAACAUCCGCGUGGCCUCGGCUGCCGCGGUGGUGUUGGUGUUAGCCGGCGUUGUCAUAGCGGUGGGGGCGAACACCACCGUGGCGCUGGCUCUAGGGGCUCCGACGCUCGUCCUCGGGGUUUUAUGUGGUUUAGCCGCCAUUUGGGUUUGGAAAGGGAUAAAAUGUAAAGCUAAAAAAAACAGUCCGGUGUAAUUAACACAAAAUCCUGUUUGUCGGUAGUAAUAUUACAAAUAAAGCAGAAUAUCUUACACAAAAUUAGCUAAUAUUGGUAUGUAUGUCAAACCUGUUCUGGUUUUCAGGAAAUGUUUCUCAAAUGAACAAAGUAAAGCUUGACUGGAAAAUGAAUUUAAAUUAGAAAUAUUUMGGUCAGGGGUGUCAAACUCAAUUUUAUUUGGGRCCAUAUCAAGGUCACAAAUGUUCUCAAAGGGCCAGUUGUGGCARAAUGUAUUGAAAAAAGCUACCCACUAAUAAACUUAAAAUAUMAAUAAAUAGCYGUGUCUCUGAUGAGUACUUCUUAAAAUUUAAUGACACUGAACAUCUUUUCACUUUGAUGUAAUUURAAGAUAUACAAAUAAAACUGUUUUGAUUUGAUUGAUAAAAUAAUAUUUUAGCACACAAUUGUUAUUUUAAAGGUUCUAUUUAAUUCCCCUCUAUGGAGUAAAAAGGGUCACUUAUAUAGUUACGGCAGCCUUAAGUUUGACAUGUGAUUUAGAUGAUCAAAGCAGUAUUUUUAAGCAAAACUGUUGUUGAAUUUAACUAUUAAAUUCAUGUUUACACACUUUUAAAUGAACUUGUUCAACCUACAACCCUGAACUGACCCACAGCUGGAUCAUAUUGGACCUGACCUGCAGGUCUUGGCAGCACAGGUGUACUGAUGUUCCAUACACAACACUGCUCUGUGAAAGAAUUACUCUUGCAUACCUUUUUUGACCAACAGAUUUCCUGUGCAGGUGAUUUGUUGCUCCUUAUUUAAACUGUGACCUGCUGCMGUUUCCUGUGCUUUAUUAUUAGCAACUUGCAAGCUCUAAGGAAAUGUGAAACAAUGAAGGGAAAAUCCUCUUGUAUUUUUUUUUUGUGGAAGCCUCUGAAAUAAAUCAUAAAGAUUU